AUGGCUUUGCCGCGGCGGCGUCAACAGCAUCACAACCGCACUCGAUGUUUGAUACCCGCCAUUUCAGCAGUUUCUGCCGCUCUAGUUCUGCUGUUAUUUUGCUUUUCGUUUCUCGUCCCCUCUCCUAUUGACAUUGAUCACUUCCACCACCCUCGACACCAUUCUUCAAUGAAUGAUGGUGUUGGUGAAGGCAAUGGGGUGCCGGUGUUUCUUGUUCCGACGAGCGGCGGAGUAUAUGAUCGUGAUAUUUGGACUUCAAAGAAUGCUCAGUUCUACUAUGGAUGCAGUAAUGCCAGCAGCAAAUUUGCAAAGGCUGAAGAUGUCACGCAUCGGAAUCGUUACUUGGCGAUUGCAACCAGCGGAGGUCUAAAUCAACAAAGAACUGGGAUAACUGAUGCUGUUGUUGCUGCUCGCAUCUUGAAUGCUACCCUUAUUGUUCCAAUACUAGACAAGAAGUCUUUCUGGAAGGAUAAUAGCAAUUUUUCAGAGAUCUUUAAUGUUGAUUGGUUUGUAUCAUAUCUUGCAAAAGAUGUUGAAAUCAGAAAAGAGCUCCCACGGAGAAGAGGACGUAUAUGGACUCCAUAUACCAUGAGGGUUCCAAGAAAGUGCAAUGAUAAAUGCUACACAAGUCGUGUAUUACCCGUACUUUUGAAGAAACGUGCUGUUAUGUUGACCAAAUUUGACUACAGACUUGCAAAUAAACUGGAGACGGAAUUACAGAAGCUUAGGUGCAGAGUCAACUACCACGCACUGAAGUUCACCGACCCCAUUCUUGAAAUGGGUGCAAAGUUAGUUCAGCGAAUGAGGAUGAAUACUAAGCAUUAUAUUGCCCUUCAUCUAAGGUUUGAACCUGAUAUGCUUGCAUUCUCAGGGUGCUAUUAUGGUGGUGGAGACAAGGAGAGGAGGGAACUCAGUAAAAUACGGAGGAGGUGGAAAACAUUACAUAUUGGUAAUCCAGAUAAGGGGAGGAGGCAGGGAAGAUGCCCUCUUACUCCUGAGGAAGUAGGUCUGAUGCUGAGAGCACUUGGUUACGGCAAAGAUACUCACAUUUAUGUGGCAUCUGGAGAAGUAUAUGGAGGGGAAGAGACGUUAGCCCCAUUAAAGGCUCUUUUCCCCAACUUCUAUUCAAAAGACACUAUAUCCAGCAAGCAAGAGUUGGAACCUUUUUCUGCCUUUUCUUCUCGUAUGGCUGCACUAGAUUUUAUAGUGUGCGAUGAAAGUGACGUCUUUGUGACCAAUAACAAUGGUAAUAUGGCAAAAAUAUUAGCAGGGCGGAGGAGAUAUUUUGGACACAAACCUACCAUCCGUCCUAAUGCCAAGAAGUUGUACCGGCUGUUCUUAAACCGAGAGAACAUGACUUGGGGAGAAUUUGCCUCCAAGGUUCGUACAUUUCAGAGAGGUUUUAUGGGAGAUCCAAAAGAGGUGAGACCAGGCAGGGGUGAGUUUCACGAAAACCCUUCUUCUUGCAUUUGUGAAGAUUCGGAGGCCAUAGCAAAGAUGGAUUUGGGUCUGUUAAAGCACGGAAAGGGAUCCACCACCACUAAGAAAGACACAGAUAUAGAAUCUGAAGAUCAAAAUAUGGAUGAUGACCUUGAGUGGUCUGAUCCUGAAGACUAUGAAGAUCUAAGUAACGAGCAAGGUAAAGUUCUGUAUAAUCAAACAGGUUUGGACUAUGAUGCUUUAACAACAGAGGAUCCCGAGUUGGAUGAAUUGCUUUCAGAUUGA